AUGUUAAAUCUAGUGACUAAACUGAUUCCGUCAUCUCUGAACAUUAUAGCCCAUGUAACUGGGAUAUUUGUAUUCCAUUGCAUUUCAAUAUUAGCUAAAAAAUAGGACGGAUUUAGAGGAUCAUAUACCAUUUCCCAGAUCACAUUUACAUAUAAAGAUGCUGAAUCUAUCGGAUUCUAUACUACUAAUCUUCUUGCCCAGAUUAUUUUUCCUUCCCCAUAUGUAAUUUUGAGGAUGCCAUUACUUCUAAUAUCAAUGCUAACUCCAGAUAUAGCUGAAUAAAAGCAAUAAAUCCAACCUUCAGUGCUAAUCCAUUCUACAAAACCAGUUUCAGAUGAUCUUUACAGAAAGCCAUCUGCUGAACCGUCAACAACAUAUAUAUGGUGGCUAGCACUCCAAACUUCUCCACCUACUAAAAUAUUCAUGUCAUCUUUGUUUACGAAUAUGGCUUAAAUAGUAACAUUGGCAGAGCUCACCACUCUUAUUAAUAAAGGAUUAUCAUAAAUAGAUAACGAGGUAUAACCACUUGUAGUAUCGAAGUAUCUUAAUCUUACACUUACAGUAGUCGGAUACCAAGGGUUGUUUGUAUCAAUGUUUAUUGAUCAAACAUUAUCCCAUGAAAUCCAUGAUUAUAUAACAGCUACUGAUUAUCCUUAAAUAAAUGUCAUAGACCAAGGUCUUCCCUAACAAUUAUUUCCCGGAAGAGUGUAUGGGUAUGUUUUAGUCCCAGUUGAUCUUGAUACUUCAAUCGUAGUGCGCAGUGUGUAUCCCCAAGUGUAUUUAUCAGUUUAUGAAUUAGUAAACGAAAUUGAUACAAACUAAAAUUUGUUAAAUUAAAAAUCAUACUCUGGAGAAAUAUUAAGGCGUAAAGUAAUCCCAGUUUGUGUUAACAAAAACUAAAUCCACUUCAUCAAUAUCAAGUGGAGUCGUGUAAGAAGUAUAGGGUCAAAACAGUUUAAAUUCUGA